CCCCACUCCCAAUGGAAAUUUUUUCCGAAAGGUUUUAAGAUUCAGAUUUGGAUCCUAAAUUGGUGAAAAAAACUGAAAGAAAAAAGUAUAGUACCCUUCAGAUUUUGUGUUUUUGUUUUUAUGUUUUAAGUUAGAAAGUCAGAACAGUCUAUUCUUUCUACAGUUUCCCAAAUUUGUUUAUUUAUUGUUUUUAUCUUAAAUUCUUCUUUAACCUUUUAAGGGAUAACUCAUCAUUCUAUUUUUUUCUCCUUUUUUUUUUGGUAAAUUUAAGCAUUGUUACCUCAGAGAAUGUUCAUCUCUUAUGUUUUGAAGACCAUAUAUGUUUUUUAGGAUCAUCCAUCUUUGUCUUAAGCUUUUGUUUUUUUGUUUCAGGUUGUUAUUAUAGAAUUGUGAUGACAUAUACGUCAAAUUUCACUCACCCCAUUUUUUUAAUGCUUGCUUUGUGUUUGUGAAAUUGUGUGUUAGAGUAACUUUCACACCACAUCUAUAAAUUCAAGAGAAAUUGGUUUGUUUUGAUUGUUUUGUUUCAAAUUUGGUGUAAAGUUUGUUCAUUUGAGUGUAGAAAAUAAAUACCGCAAAGACUCUUCUUUCAUCUGGGUUUUCAGCUUGGUUUGAUGUAAUUGAGUUCUGGGGUUUUGGGGGUUUAUUUAUUUUUUGGGAAAUGAUAUUAAAUAGGGUUGUAGUUGUAGGCUGAUUCUGUGGUUUUAGAAAAUGGGAUCUCAUGGUGGAGCAAUCCAAGCGUCAAAGGCAGGACCUUUGGCUAGAGAAGGAUCUUUGUACAAUCUCACACUUGAUGAGGUACAAAAUCAGCUUGGAAAUUUAGGGAAACCCUUAGGAAGCAUGAAUCUGGAUGAGUUACUCAAGAGUUUGUGGACAUCUGAAGCUGCUCAAGCUUCUGGAUUGGAUUCUGGUUCAACUGAUGCUUACCUGCAACAGGGUCAACUAGCUUCUGGGUCGUCUAUGAAUCCGCUAACACUUUCCGGUGAUCUUAGCAAGAAAACUAUUGAUGAGGUUUGGAGAGAUAUGCAACAGAAGAAGAGUUCUAGUGAAGAUAGGAGAACGGCUACACUAGGUGAGAUGACUUUGGAAGAUUUCUUAAUGAAAGCUGGUGUGGCUACUGAAUCUUUUCCUACAGAGGAUAAUGCUAUGUCAGGAAGGGUUGAUUCUCAACAACAACAGCACAAUACAUCUCAACAUGGUCAUUGGAUGCAGUUCCAAAUCCCUCCGGUGCAACUACCACAACAACAGCAUCAGCAUCAGCAUCAGCAUCAAAAUCAAAAUCAUCAGAAUAAUAUGAUGCCUGGUUUUGCAAGUUAUAUGGCUAGUCAUGUGGUUCAACAGCCGGUUUUGGAUGCAGGAUACAAUGAAGCAAUGGUGAGUAUAUCACCGUCUUCUUUAAUGGCUACUUCAUCGGAUACACAAACUCAAGGUAGGAAAAGGGUUGCCUCUGGUGUUGUGGUUGAGAAAACUGUGGAGAGGAGGCAGAAGAGGAUGAUUAAAAAUAGGGAAUCUGCAGCUCGGUCGCGGGCUAGAAAACAGGCUUACACACAAGAACUGGAGAUCAAAGUUUCACAUUUAGAAGAAGAAAAUGAAAGGCUUAAAAGACUACAUGAGAUGGAGAGAGUAUUGCCAAGUAUGCCACCACCAGACCCUAAGCAUCAGCUUCGAAGAACUAGCUCAGCUCCCUUCUGACAACUUUAUUGCAAAUGAGUUCCUAGCGAAAUUCCACGCACUCCGGUAGUUCUUUCUUAUUUGCAACAUAUAUUUGAACACUCGAGUUUCCAACAAGCAGGAAAGCUAUUUUUCUUCAGGGAAAUGCUACGAUAUGAAUCGCCGGCAAGCCCUCUUCAAAAGUGAUUUUCUGUGUGUACAUUUUAUAAGCCAGACUUUCAGUUUACCCAGCACUAUAUAUAUGCUUUAGUGUAAUUUUGAACAGAAAACAUUGUGGCUUUGUUACCAAUUUUGGGGGUCCUAUUUUGUGUGUGGUGAGUGCAACUACUAAUCAUUGCCCUUGCCCAUGUUGCAAUUUCAUUUAGUUUUGAUUUUUUUUUAUCCGUA